CUUAAACUCAUCUCCCCCCCAAAGCCUCAUUUAUUAGUUUUCAUCCUCCCUCCUUCAUCCAUAUAUUUUCAACCCAAUUCCCAUAAGAAAGAGAGAGAAAAAUGCAAAUGGCAGCCAUGCAAACUUCUCUUCCAGCAUCCAUGUCGCCAUCGCUUCCACGUUCUAGAUUCACCGCAGUUCUCCAUGCCCCCCAAAUUAGGAAGAACCAGUUCUCUUUUCCAAAGCUACCGAUUGGAAAUGAUAAUGAUAUCAAUAGCCGUAGUGAAACCCAAAUACAGACCACUGUCCAAACACAAAGGAAAGCUGACGCCAGAACUGAUGCGGACACCAUCGCCACCGUUGCCAAGCUUUAUGCGAUAGCAGAGGCGGUCGCUGAUAGGGCAGAGAUGCACACGAACAUCGAAGAACAACGAAAUAACUGGAAUACUCUCCUUGUCAAUUCCAUCAAUGCCAUCACCCUCACGGCAGCGACCAUUGCCGGACUCUCCACUGUCCUGUCUGAGACUGUCCCAUUCAUGGCAUUGAAUAUGUCUUCUACUAUCUUGUAUUCUGCAGCCACGGGGCUGCUUUUGUUGGUGAACAAGAUCCAGCCCUCCCAGCUUGCCGAGGAGCAAAGGAACGCCGCUCGGUUGUUCCGACAGCUCCAUGCUCAGAUACAAACCACCCUUGCUCUCCGGACUCCUACUCCCAUGGAUGUGAAGGAUGUGAUGGAGAGAGUGCUUGCGCUCGACAAGGCAUACCCUCUUCCAUUGCUUCCGGGAAUGCUCGAGAAGUUCCCAGCUGUAGUAGAGCCUAGCAGAUGGUGGCCACUACACCAUACAAGACCAGAGCAACAACAAUCACUUCCUGCAGAAAAUGGAAAGAAUGGUUGGAAUGGGAAACUUGAAGAGGAAAUGAGAGUCAUUCUCUCAGUCUUGAGGAGAAAGGACACUGCCGAGUAUGUUAGGUUAAGCAAGUUGGUGUUGAAAGUUAAUAGAGUUUUGGCAGUCUCGGGUCCUCUACUCACUGGUCUUGCUGCAAUCUCAACACCUUUCAUUGGGUCUCCUUCACAUGGGUCGUGGGCGGCAUUGGUCGGUGUUGCUGGUGGAGCAUUGGCAAGCAUUGUAAACACAAUGGAACACGGUGGACAGGUGGGGAUGGUAUUUGAGAUGUAUCGGAACUGCGCCGGUUCCUACCGCCUGUUGGAAGAGUCCAUUGAAUCCAACCUUAGGGAAAGAGAGCUCCACAAGAGAGAGAAUGGGGAAGUGUUUGAGAUGAAGCUGGCUCUCCAGUUAGGAAGGAGUCUUUCUGAACUAAGGAAUCUCGCUUCAUCAUCUUCUUCUUCUGAGAAUGCAGGCGGAGAAAAAAUGGAGGAGUUUGCUGGGAAGCUCUUCUGAUUCUCGAAGAAACAGCAUCGCUUAUACAUAUAAUUCUUUAUUGUUUUCCUUUUUUAUUUGGAUGUAUGAUAUUGUAACAUAAGCUAACACGCUUUCUGUCCAAACAUUCAAAUGCAACUCAUUGUUCAUAACAUUUUCUUAGUACAUGCAU